AUGAAUUUGCUAAGGACGUUUGGUGUAUUUUUAACCAUCUUGGUGCUGUGUCAAUCGCAACGGAACGGUUUUGGUUAUUUUAGGCAAUUUUUUAGCGGAAACCGUCGCGACAAAAGUGAUUCUGGAACUAUUUUGGCGGAAUAUGAUUUUAUCGUAAUCGGUUCAGGGUCAGGUGGAAGUGUGGUAGCCAGCCGCCUUUCCGAAAACCCCGAUUGGAAGAUCCUCCUGCUGGAAGCCGGUAAGGACGAGAUUUUCCUAACUGACGUCCCGUUGAUCGCAUCCCUGCUAUCCAUAACCGACUACAAUUGGAGCUACAAGAGCGAAAAACUAAAAACGGCUUGUUUGGGACUGAUCGACGGCAGGUGCAACAUAGCCAGGGGUAAAGCGCUGGGCGGGACCUCGGUAAUCAAUUUCCUUCUGUACACCAGAGGCAACAGGGAGGAUUUCGACGAAUGGGAACGCCUGGGAAAUCCAGGCUGGGGUUACGAGGAUGUCCUGCCCUAUUUUGUCAAGUCUGAGAAUUGUACCUUAUGCGAAGAUAUUGAUGAGGGUUACCACGGCAGAUCUGGUCCGCUUCACGUGGAACAUCCGGGUUACGAAAGUCCAUUCGUUAAGCUGUUUAUACAAGCCGGACAGGAUAUGGGGUACAAAAACAAUGAUCCUAACGGAAAAUAUGGAACGGGAUUUUCAAGAGUUCAAGCAACUAUGCAACGAGGUCUUAGAUGCAGCGCGGCUAAGGCGUUUUUGGAACCAUUCCUCGAUAGGGAAAAUUUGCAUGUAUCCACCAGAUCUCGCGUAACCAAGAUAAUGAUCGACCCGAUCACCAAGCGAGCGUACGGAGUCGAGUUCGUUAAAGAUCGACAAAAGUACACUGUCAAAUCGAUGAAAGAGGUCAUUUUAUCGGCAGGGACGAUCAAUUCCGCACAGCUGUUGUUGCUUUCGGGCGUAGGGCCUCGAGAAGACCUGGAAAGAUUGGACAUUCCGGUUAUAUCAGACUUGAAAGUCGGUUACAAUUUUCAAGAUCACAUGGCGAUGUCUACCAUUCCUUUUUUGGUAAACGAAAGUGUUACCGUGUCAGAUAUUAGCGUACAGAAUCCGAUCGACAUCUACAACUUUCUGUUCAGGGGCAAAGGGCCUUAUACGAUCCCAGGCGGUGCUGAAGCUCUCGCUUUCGUCAGAACCAAAUACGCUUCUCCUCAUCUUAAGGACUACCCAGAUAUUGAACUCGUCCUAGGAGCGGGUGGUCUGAACGGGGACGUAUUCGGUGGCUUCAGGGCGUUGCUCGGUAUACCACAAAGCACUUUUAAAAAGGUAUACGCCCCUUUGAUUGGGAAACCGUCGUUCAGUAUAGCUCCGGUACUGCUGACCCCUAAGAGCAGAGGUCGGGUACGAUUGAAGGAUGCAAAUCCGUUCCACCGACCUCUGAUUGACCCGAAUUACUUUGCUGAACCUCAAGAUGUCGCCACGAUGGUGGAAGGCAUUAAAAUGGCAGUAUCAAUUGCCCAGACAGAGAGGUUUAAACGAUACGCAGUCAAAAUGAACACAAUCCCAUUCCCUGGCUGCGAGCAGUUAACAUUUGGUUCCGACGAAUAUUGGGCUUGCUCAGUGCGACACCUGUCGACCACACUGGGUCAUCACGUGGGCACUUGCAAAAUGGGUCCACCCACCGACCAAUAUGCCGUGGUGGAUAACGAACUCAAGGUUUACGGGGUCCGUGGACUGAGGGUAGUAGAUGGUUCGAUAAUGCCCAACGUGGUCGCCGGUCAUACCAACGCGGUUAUUUUUAUGAUCGGCGAAAAAGCAGCGGCCAUGAUUAAAAAUCAGUGGCGAAACCAGUGACUUUGUGUUAACAGUGCAUUGGAUUUGUGAUUAAAGUCUAGUCAAUUAUGUAUCAAUUAUCUAAAAAUAAA